UUCCUCCAAAUGGCAUAACAUCCUUUCACAUCUGCAUUUGUUGGUACGGUGCACCCAGCACACUACACUUAGAUAAAACACACUGUCGUCCAUUUUUCCAACAUAAACCACUGAUCAUGAUAUCUAUGAGUUUGGUUGAUUCAUGCGUUCAAACAUGCUCCAUGUUUAACGUAUCUUCAUCCCAUACAUUCAUCGGACUAAUUUGUAGUAAACACAACUUCAAGAUUCAUCAAACAUCCCGAACCUCUUCUAGACUUUUUGUCACUGCUUCACUUUUCAACCAAAAACAACAAACUUUGAGUGUAAAUUGUGAGAAAACCAGCUUCGAUUUCCAGACGUACAUGGUAGAAAAAGCUAAUUCUGUUAACAAGGCCCUUGAUGAAUCAAUUCCAAUAAAAAAUCCAACAAUAAUCCAUGAAGCUAUGCGGUACUCGCUUCUCGCAGGUGGGAAGCGUGUGAGACCGAUCCUUUGUAUCGCAGCAUGCGAGCUCGUAGGAGGAAAUGAAUCCACCGCGAUGCCAGCAGCGUGUGCGCUCGAGAUGAUACACACAAUGUCAUUGAUUCAUGAUGACCUUCCUUGUAUGGAUAACGAUGAUUUUCGCCGCGGAAAGUACACCAAUCACAAAGCGUAUGGCGAAGACGUGGCGAUCCUUGCUGGCGACUCACUUCUCACCUUUGCUUUUGAACAUGUUUCUAGUUCUACAGUCGGGGCGUCCCCUGCGCGUGUGUUGGCUGCUAUUGUGGAGCUCGCGAACUCCAUGGGGACAGAAGGGUUGGUGGUGGGUCAAGUGGUGGAUAUCACCUCCACUGGGGGAGAUGACAUUGGACCUGACCUGCUUGAGUUUAUCCAUGUCCACAAAACCGCGUCGUUGUUGGAGGCGUCUGUCGUGAUAGGCGCGAUACUGGGUGGUGGGAGUGAACCGCAGGUGGAAAAGUUGAGGAAAUUUGCUAGGUGUAUCGGGCUGCUGUUUCAGGUGGUGGAUGAUAUAUUGGAUGUCACCAAGUCGUCCGAGGAAUUGGGGAAGACCGCGGGGAAGGAUUUGGUGACGAAUAAGAUGACAUACCCGAAACUGAUGGGUUUGGAGAAGUCGAAGCAGUUCGCGGAGGACUUGUUGGUGGAGGCGAAGCAGCAGCUGGUAGAGUUUGAAUCGCACCGGGGGGUGGCUCCUUUGGUUGCUCUUGCGGACUAUAUAGUCUACCGGCAGAACUGAAUUUAGUGUACUGUAAUGUAAUGAACCUUUAAGUUUUAACGUC